AUGAAAGUCGAGCUCGUCGCGUUGGGAGUUGUGUCUAUUGCCUCUGGUGUCUAUGGUUGGGGUGCAAGCGGGCAUCAGACCGUCGGUUAUGUCGCGAUGCAGUUCCUCUCUCCAAAAGCUCUAGAGUUCGUGCAGACGUCGUUGGGGUCGACGUACUCGCAUUCUCUUGGGCCUGCUGCAACUUGGGCGGACGAGGUCAGAUCACAAGCCGCAUAUACAUGGUCCUCCGUCCUUCAUUACGUCGACGCCGAAGACGACGCGCCCGACUCCUGCUCCGUCGACGAGUCGAGAGAUUGUGCUGACGGCAGAUGCAUUCUAACCGCCAUCGCGAAUUACACCUCUCGCGUCGUCGAUACUUCUCUCUCAGAUACCGAGCGCCAAGAGGCGCUCAAGUUCUUAGAUCAUUUUGUUGGCGACAUUGGACAACCUCUCCACGUCGAAGCGCGCGCCGUGGGCGGAAACACGAUCAGCGUGCAGUGCAACGGCGCUACCACCAAUCUUCACGCGCUUUGGGACUCGGGCAUGAUCAACAGGCUCCUCCCAGGAACUUAUAACAGCUCAGCGACCAACUGGGCCAACACUUUGGUGAACCGCAUCAAGUCUGGAUCAUACUCGUCCCUUGCGGAGUCUUGGAUCUCCUGUUCCUCCACGACGGAGCCUGCCAGGCGAAGCGUUGAGGGCGAUAUCCUCGCGCUGCUGCAUCCUCGUGCAGAUGGCACGCUUGUGUGCCCGCUCGUCUGGGCUAGAGACUCGAAUUCAUUGGAUUGCUCCACUGUCUUCGAUUACACUAUUGGCGAAGACCUCUGCACUUCGAGUUACUACACCAGGAACAUCCCUCUUAUUGAAACCCAGAUCGCCAAACAGGGCUUCAGGCUGGCAGCAUGGCUGAACGUCUUGUUCGACGGGGCGACCAAUCUCCCCUAA